AGCAAAGCAGCAGCAGAAGAAGAAAGAACCAGAAAGAAAGAAAAAAAUGUGCGGCAGUUCGAAGAAGAAGCCAAAGCAGAUGAUGUAAACUUUGUUGUAACCAAAACUUGGACAGAGAGCGGGACAGCGAAAGAGAGAGAGAGAGAGAGAGAGAGUGAGAAACGAACUCUAGAAAAGAACACUCAGACGGAUUUUUCUUCCCCCCACCUACUACUACUGCACCUACUCCUCCAUCGACUUCAAUUUUUUUUUGUGAGAGUGCAAGUGUGUGAGAAAGAGAGCUUUCUACAAUGCCAGAAACGGAGCACGAAAGCUGCAGCAAAGAGUGGCUCCAGGUCCAGCUGCGCUCUCUGGACGCCAAGGAGCUGAUCCUGCUCGACUGCCGCGGCUCCCACGAGUACAGCGAAUCGCAUAUCCGUGGCGCCGUCAAUCUGUGCAUUCCCAGCAUUGUGCUGCGGCGCCUUGCCACCGGCAAGAUCGAUCUGGCCUCCACCAUCAAGUCGCCGGAUCUGAAGGAUCGCAUUCAGACGGGCUACAAGCUCUGCCUCUUCAUUCUCUACAACGGCGAGGGCGUGGCCGGACAGCAGGAUGUGGCCGGAGCCGGAAUGGGGGCCAACGAUUCGAUUAUCAAUAUCUUGCACCGCCGCCUCAAGCAGGACGGAUGUCGCGUGGUCGCACUGCAAGAUGGCUUUUCCAGUUUUCGCUUAGCAUUUCCGGAAUGGUGCGAGGAUGACAGCCAGGCGCAGAACAAAGAGAUGGAAUCUAGUCGCAAUGUCCAGACCGAUCAGUUAAUGGGCCUCAGAUCCCUGCGCAUUUCCACACCGCAUUCCGAUUCCGCCUGCAGCAGUUCGGCCGAGUCCUCGGACUGUGAGAGCACCACCCAUCAUCAUCAUCACCAUCAUCAUCAUCAUCAUAGCUAUAAUGAGGCGCCCGUGGAGAUAAUACCAGGCCUUCUGUUCCUGGGCAAUGUCACCCACAGCGGCGACUCGAAGGCAUUGCAAAAGUACAACAUUAAGUAUGUGUUGAACGUGACACCGGAUUUGCCAAACGAGUUUGAAAAAUCGGGCAUCAUCAAGUAUCUGCAAAUACCGAUUACCGAUCACUAUUCACAGGACUUGGCCAUGCAUUUCCCAGAUGCCAUACAGUUUAUAGAGGAAGCGCGCUCUGCGAACUCGGCGGUGCUGGUCCACUGCCUGGCUGGCGUUUCGCGCUCGGUGACCGUGACGCUCGCCUAUUUGAUGCACACGCGCGGCCUCAGCCUCAACGACGCCUUCAUGAUGGUGCGCGACAGGAAGCCGGAUGUCUCGCCCAAUUUCCAUUUCAUGCAGCAGCUGCAGUCCUUUGAAAGUCAGCUGCGACUCAGUCCUGGCGAUGGCCAGCCCAUGGACGAGGGCAACUGUGGCGGCAUGAUGGGUGGCAUGGGGGGACCCCCGGUCGGCUUGGGCCUGGCUCCCGUUGGCAGCUCUGUCUCGAAUUCGGUAUUGAUGGCCAAUCCCAGUGUGGUUGCCUCCCGUUGCGGCGGUCGCGGCUCCAAGUUCUCGUGCAACUGCAUUGCUGCCGACUGCAAGUGCAUGCAGACCGGCGGCUUUAUGGCUGCCCAUUUGGCCAAGGCCACUGGUGUAUCGCCGGACUCGGGCAUUGAGUUUGAUCGCUGGACACCAUCCUCGGACACGGGUCUCAAAUGAGACCAGCUGCUGGGUGGGAAGAGUUUUGUGCUGCCGCCAAGUCAGGAGAUCCUAUUAGGAGGAGCAGGAGCAGGAGCAGGAGCCGUUGCAGCCACAUCGCCACCGCCAUGCUGCAUCUACCUGUCGGCCAGCGACAACAUGUCGCCGGCCAGCACCACCAGCUCAUCCACAUCGACCACAACCACCGCGGAGGCGGUGUCUGUGGUGGAGGUGGUGCAGCGGGACGAUCAGAUGCAGCUGGAAAUGAUGGCCGACGAGGAGCAGCUACAGGAGGAACAAGAUGCUGCACAAGAUGCUGCUCCUAAUGGGAAUGCGUUCUAGGAUGCGUUCUUGACGAAAAGAAAAUAGACAAAGCGUUUUCCUACACACACACACACACACACCUACAAACACAUACAUAUGAGCAGCCUAUAUAAAUGGGGGUAAACUCCUUCAAAUGCCACUUGGAUACGAAAUAAAAACAAAGAAUAUCUCCCCGUCUUUGACGACAUUGAAGCAUCCAAGUGAAAGAAUACCCAUAAAAAAUAACUAGAAUUAAUAUUAAUAAUAUACGUAUAUAUUAAUAAUAAAUUUAAUAUUUGGUACAUUUCUAAGGUCUAAAUGCAGAAAAAUAAUGUCUUGCAACAAACAAACAAAAUCCAAUGUUAUCCACACAACACACACACAAAC